AUGCCGGAAAAGCAUUUAGAAAACGAACACUUGAUGAGAGAAAAGGCUCUCCAGCCUCCAGCAGGAUUCUUGGAGAGACAUCCUUCAAAGCCAUACUUGAGCUCAUUGGAUGAAUACAAAAAAAUGUAUGAGGAAUCGAUUCGUGACCCCGGCUCUUUCUUCGGUGAAAUGGCCGAAGAGCAUUUGUCCUGGUUCAAACCCUUCACUGUUCCAAAGGUUCCAAAUGCUCCACUUUUGAAAGAUAACAAUGGGGAACCAUCGGCAUGGUUUGUCGAUGGAGAAUUGAAUGCUUGUUACAACUGCGUUGAUAGGUGGGCCAUCAAAAACCCAGAAAAGCCCGCGAUCAUCUAUGAAGCAGACGAGCCUGACCAAGGAAAAAUCAUUACUUAUGGAGAGCUACUGAAACAAGUUUGUAAGGCUUCUCAGGUGCUUCUGAACCUCGGUGUCAAGAAAGGGGAUACAGUGGCGGUGUAUUUGCCCAUGAUUCCUGAAGCGAUCGUCACUUUGAUGGCCAUCAUAAGAAUUGGAGCUAUCCAUUCUGUUGUCUUUGCUGGGUUCAGUUCUGGUUCCCUUAGAGACAGAAUUAAUGAUGCAAACUCAAAAGUCGUCAUCACUACCGACGAGUCCAAAAGAGGGGGAAAAAUUAUUGAAACGAAAAAAAUAGUUGACGAUGCCCUCCUCGCCUGUCCCCAAGUGACAAACGUUCUUGUUUACAAGCGUACAGGUAACUCCCACAUCCCUUGGACUGAAGGUAGGGAUCUUUGGUGGCAUGAAGAAGUUAAUAAAUACCCAUCAUAUUACCCUGCUACCCCAGUCUCUGCAGAGGACACAUUAUUCCUUCUCUAUACUUCUGGCUCUACGGGCAAGCCUAAGGGUAUACAGCACUCGACCGCCGGUUAUCUUCUAGGCGCGCUGCUCACGACUAAGUUUGUGUUUGAUGUCCACCCAGAAGACAUAUUGUUCACAGCUGGUGAUGUUGGAUGGAUUACAGGUCACAGCUAUGUUGUCUAUGGGCCGCUCUUGAAUGGUGCCACCACCGUUGUGUUUGAGGGUACUCCAGCUUAUCCUAACUACUCAAGAUACUGGGAGAUUGUCGAUAAGUACAAAGUUUCCCAGUUCUAUGUUGCUCCCACUGCUUUGAGACUCCUCAAAAGGGCUGGUGAGUCCUACAUCGAGCCAUACUCACUCCAAUCCUUGAGAGUUUUGGGGUCAGUUGGAGAGCCAAUUGCAAAAGACGUUUGGGAAUGGUAUAACGCUCACAUAGGACGUGGCAAUGCCCACAUUUGUGACACCUAUUGGCAGACUGAAUCGGGUUCUCACUUGAUCACUCCUUUAGCAGGUGUCACGCCAACCAAGCCAGGAUCUGCUUCACUCCCAUUUUUCGGAAUCGACCCAGCAAUUAUAGAUCCUGUUAGUGGAAAGGAGCUUGAAGGAAACGAGGUUGAAGGUGUUCUAGCAAUUAGGUCAUCCUGGCCAUCAAUGGCAAGAACCAUUUGGAGAGACUAUAGCCGGUUUUUGGAUACGUAUUUACGUCCCUACCAUGGAUAUUACUUCUCAGGCGAUGGAGCUGCAAGAGACAAAGAUGGCUUCUACUGGAUUUUGGGUCGUGUGGACGACGUCGUUAAUGUGUCUGGUCAUAGGCUGUCUACUGCAGAAAUUGAGGCAGCUUUGAUUGAACAUUCAAUGGUCGCAGAAUCUGCGGUGGUUGGUUUCCCAGACGAGCUGACCGGAUCCGCCGUUGCCGCAUUUGUCUCUUUAAAGAGUAGAUCCAUCGAAGAUCCAUCGGCAAUCAAGAAGGAACUCGUUUUGACAGUCAGAAAGGAAAUCGGUCCGUUUGCGGCUCCAAAAUUGAUUCUCUUGGUUAAUGACUUGCCAAAGACAAGAUCAGGCAAAAUUAUGAGAAGAAUUUUGAGAAAGAUCUUAUCCGGUGAGGAAGAUCAACUAGGAGACACUUCUACUUUAAGCAAUCCACAAGUUGUUUCUCAUCUGAUCGAAGUUGUCAAGGCAAAGUGA